AGAAAAUCCGGGGAAGCUGGAGAAGAUGGGGAAGAUGGGGAAAAGGUGGGAAGGACGAUACCGGUUUGUAGGAACGCCUCCAAACCUGUAUCCAAGGUUAAGCCGACAUGAUGGGAGUAUUACUUUACCAUGUGAAAAUUGAAAACGCUGCCGACGGGCCUUUUCAUAUGUUCGCGGCCGCCCGCCGAUGUCGUCGUAACGGUGUGACCGUCCCCUUCUAUUAUACUCAACCCACUGACAAGUUUUUCUAUAGCUUGAAUAAGGUAGCUACCUAUUAUUGAGGGAUUUCGUUUGAGAACGAGCACCGCUUACUCUACCGAAAUGGCGUUUUUGCUUUUCACGAGCAUGGCACUUUUUACGACCAAGCUGGUGGUACAAGCUGCCGAUUGUUUGGACGUAGCUCAGACUGAAAUCCCCUCCUGCGCGCAGUCCUGUUUCCUCGAAAAUGCGCCCUCGGUUGGAUGUGGUGGAUUAGACUUUGCUUGUCAGUGUCAAAAUGAGGCCAGCCUUUACGCGGCAAUAGAACCGUGUGUUGCCUCUGGGUGCUCGGAAUCUUCUUUCCAAGCUGUUAUCGACGGCGCUUCUUCUGUUUGCAACUGUGCGGCUGCAAUCCCUCGUGCUUUGACCGUCGGGAGCUCCUUUGGUUCUUACGUGGGAGCCGCCGCCACGGUCACCGGUUCUGGCACAGUUCCUGCUACCAUCGUGGGUACCGUGUCAGGCCUUGUUAGCGGUACUGUUGCUAGCAAUCCCACGAGCAACACCAUGACGAGCGCAUCAGCGACUUCCAGCACUUCUCGAAGUGGCGCUUUGAGUUACCAAAGUGACCUGGGUUCUGGUUCUAUUAUGAGGAUGGCGGUACUGGCAAUGCUUUUCAAUCUUUUAUUUUAAAACGGGUUACUUGGUAAGAAAGUCAUUGCAUGUGGUCACGAGGAGAUUUCGUAUUUACACUUGGGGUAUUUGCGCAAUCACUGGAUAGAUAUAAUAUUAUAUACCUACACAUGAGCAUACUCAUUAGCCGCAUGAUUUAUAAGACUACCUAGGUAAUGAAGUCUCGAGAUGUUCAUAAUA